UUUCAUAGCGCGAGACGUGCAUUUUAUUUGUGGAAGCAGACUCAGUUAUAACGUGGAACAAUGUCAUUUGAAGGCAAAAUCAUUUUAAUCACCGGUGCUAGCAGUGGAAUAGGAGCAGCAUGUUCCCAAUAUUUUCAUAAGGAAGGAGCUCUACUUUCGUUGGUUGGCCGAAAUCCGGACAAAUUUGAAAAACUUUUCGAAAAACUCGGGGAGAAUGGCAUCGAAACUGAACCACUGACCAUUUACGCCGAUGUUUCGGUAGAUGCUGAACGCAUUAUAAACGAAACAAUCGAAAAGUACGGUCGAUUGGACAUUUUAAUCAACAAUGCUGGUUUUGGAAUCCCGGCCUCACUUGAAACAUUGCAAAUUCAAGACUAUGAUGGAAUUAUGGCCACAAAUGUUCGGGGCGUCGUUGAAUUAACCCAAUUGGCGGUUCCAUAUUUGAUUGAGACAAAGGGCAACAUCAUCAAUGUUUCGAGCAUCGCAGGAAUUAUUCCAGUUCCGGAGUUUUUCGCAUAUUCUAUGUCAAAAGCCGCACUGGAUCAAUUUACU